UACAUCGAAAAAUGGCGGAUUGAGAUAAACUGCGGCGUUUAUUUUCCCGCGGUUACUCAUUAAUGACGUGAUCAACAGCAAUAACUCGUUAAAAUCGUCAAAGUGACUUUUAUUGAUGCUUUGAGAACCUCAAUAACGACCAAACAUGAUGCAUCGACGUGGGGGCAAGAGAAUCCGCAUGGAUGAUCCUGUGCCACCCGAGUACCAAGAACCAAUGACACCGAUGACGCCAAUGACUGAUAACAUGGAGACAGGGGAUAAUUAUGGGGGCUAUUCCUCCUAUCAGGCACCACAGACGCCAAUUCAUACCCCAAUUCCGGACCAUCUGUCAGAGACCUACAGUUCGCCAAGUACAUCUCACCACCAGUACCAGGACCAGCAGCCGCUUUCUAACGAGCCCCAGUUCGAGCAACCGAUGACCCCAGCCACUCCAAACAUGAGAAUCACCCGCAAUACUCGCGCCAGGAUGCGAGGAGGUGCAGUUGUUCAACCAAAAUACCGAGAAGUGGACACGGACUACAUUCCCUCACAGCCGCCUUCGAAGCCUCGUGGAGGUGGAGGUCGAGGUAGAGCUAAAAAAUUCAUUAACCCCGCGAGCUCCGAGGACGAGCAGAGUCUCUACUUUGUGAUAAAAAAUAACCGGUCGUCCCUGACGCACAUUGUGGAUGAGUGGAUCGAGAAAUACAAGACAAACCGAGACAAUGCCCUUUUGCUUUUGAUGCAGUUCUUCAUAAAUGCCAGUGGCUGCAAGGGAAAAAUUACCUCAGAGAUGCAGACAUCGAUGGAGCAUGUGGCGAUAAUUCGUCGAAUGACUGAAGAGUUCGAUGAGGAGUCCGGGGAAUACCCUCUCAUCAUGACUGGCCAGCCCUGGAAAAAGUUCCGCUCGAAUUUUUGUGAAUUCGUACAGAUUCUCGUGCGCCAGUGCCAAUACUCGAUUAUUUACGAUCAAUUCCUCAUGGACAAUGUGAUCUCGUUGUUGACGGGUCUUUCAGACUCUCAAGUCCGAGCGUUUCGGCAUACAGCGACUCUGGCAGCCAUGAAGUUGAUGACAGCGCUUGUCGACGUGGCCCUGACGGUCUCAGUCAACCUAGACAACACUCAACGUCAGUACGAGUCUGAGAGGCAGAAGGCCAGGGAAAAACGAGCAGCUGAUAGGCUGGAGUCUCUCAUGGCAAAGCGAAAGGAACUUGAGGAAAACAUGGAUGAGAUCAAAAACAUGUUGACUUAUAUGUUCAAGUCGGUGUUUGUUCACAGGUAUAGGGACACUUUACCUGAAAUCAGAGCCAUCUGCAUGGCUGAGAUUGGUGUCUGGAUGAAGAAGUUUCAUCAAAAUUUUUUGGAUGAUUCAUACCUGAAAUACAUCGGUUGGACACUUCAUGAUAAAGUUGGUGAGGUCAGGCUCAAGUGUCUCCAGGCACUGCAGCCCCUCUACGCCUCUGAGGAACUUAAAGCUAAGCUCGAGCUUUUUACGAGCAAAUUCAAGGACAGAAUUGUCGCUAUGACACUGGAUAAGGAGUAUGAUGUGGCGGUGCAGGCUGUCAAGCUCGUGAUAUCAAUUUUAAAGCAUCAUCGAGAGAUUUUAACUGAUAAAGACUGUGAGCAUGUUUAUGAACUUGUUUACUCGUCCCACAGGGCUGUGGCACAGGCAGCUGGAGAAUUCUUGAAUGAGAGGCUCUUUACUCCUGAUGAAGAGGCUGUUGCUGGGGUGAAGACGAAACGAGGCAAGAAGAGGCUUCCCAAUACACCACUUAUCAGGGAUCUUGUCCUGUUUUUUAUUGAAUCUGAGCUGCAUGAGCACGGAGCUUAUCUCGUGGACUCACUUAUCGAAACAAAUCAGAUGAUGAAGGACUGGGAGUGCAUGACAGAUCUACUCUUGGAGGAGGCUGGUCCUGAGGAGGAGGCCCUUGACAAUCAAAAGGAAACGUCGUUGAUCGAAUUGAUGGUGUGCUGCAUCAAACAAGCAGCCACUGGAGAGGCACCUGUUGGCAGGGGACCGACGAGAAAGCUUCUGUCUGCCAAGGAGCAGAAGCAGGUGUCUGAUGAUAAGCAAAGGCUCACCGAACACUUCAUCGUCACACUGCCUCUUCUUCUUGACAAGUAUCGAGCUGAUCCAGAGAAAUUAGCUAAUUUACUGGCAAUUCCUCAAUAUUUCGAGCUUGAUAUUUAUGUCAAGUCUAGGCAGGAGAGGAACCUUGAAGCUCUACUUGAGAAGAUCAAGGGAAUCGUCGAGAAGAUGCAUGACACUGACGUCCUGGAGACUGCUGCCAGAACACUCGAGUACAUGUGUGUGGAGACUCACGCCAAAUUUUCACAGUGCGAUACUGCCAGGAGAACCCUCAUCGAUUCAAUUGUCAAUAAAUAUAAGGAAGCUAUUGAUGAUUAUCGAAAUUUAAUCGAUGGGGCUGAGACGCCUGAUGAGGACGAGAUAUUCAAUGUCGUUCAGUCGUUGAAGAAAGUAGCCAUCUUCUACAGUUGUCAUGAUAUGAAUGGCUGGGAAAUCUGGGAAUCCUUAUAUAAAAACAUCGAAGAUGCCAAGGACCCUCAGAGGAGCUUUCCUGAGGAAGCUACCAAAUACUGUAUCAGUGGGUGCUUCUUUUCAAUUCUGUGGGGACAAAAUCAUCUUCUAGAGGCUAAUGACCUGGGGCCCAGGGGGGAGGACGAGGCGAGGGAACUCUAUAAGUGUUUACAUACGUUCAUGGAUGCCAUGAGGUAUUUCGUAGCUGGUGAAGGGAACAGAAUGGCUGUACCUCUCCGAGAGGAAGCCUACAACACCAUCUGCGAUCUUCUAGUGAUGUUCUGCAACCAACUCAACAGUAAUUCAAAUCCACUCCUCCAUAAAUUGGUCUACGAACCCGACCAGGAUAUGCAAGACAUGUUAAACAAGUUUAUCCAGGAUUACGUGUUCUUUGACGAAGACGAAGAAGAUCACGACGAGCACUCGAAGAUCGAAGAACUUCACAAGAGGAGAAACUUCCUGGCUAGCUACUGCAAACUUAUCGUUUACAAUAUGAUCCCAACAAAAUCAGCUGCCGAUGUUUUCAAGCAUUACGUCAGAUACUACAAUGAUUAUGGGGAUAUCAUCAAAACGACUCUGGGAAAAGCCAGGGAUAUCAAUAAGGUAAAUUGUGCCCUCACCAUGCAACUCAGUCUGAAUAAACUCUACAAUGACGUGGUCCUGGAGAAGGGGAACAACAGGACUAUCGAUGAUAUUACUCCAAUUAAGGAAUUGGCCAAGAGAUUUGCUUUGUCCUUUGGGCUCGACGCUGUGAAGAACAGGGAGGCUAUCACUGCUCUCCACAGGGCAGGAAUUUUAUUUGCAAUCACUCCACCCGAUGGCGAGGAACUCGAUCCCACUGGACCUCCACCCAAUCUUCCCUACCUCGAGAUUCUCCUAGAAUUCACAAAUAAAUUGUUGAGGCAGGAUAAAAAAGUUGUUCUCACCUUUUUGGAUCUCAAACUUCCUGCCGGAAUGCCCUCCUCGAGGGGAGAGGAUUGGCAGCCUCUACUGAUGUACAGGAAUAGUUUGCUGCAUGGGGAAACUGAUCAAGUCCCUGUCACCAGUAAGAGGGCCUACACUAGGCGCAAAAAGGAUCAAUUAAUUGAAGAGGAAGAGGCUGAGGAAGCCGAUGAGGGUUCUGAUCAUGAGUUCAUGGGUAUCAACUAACUGCUUUGCCAUUUGUGUCUACGCCACGUCAUCCUCGCUCGUUUUCUACGCUUAUGCUUCAUUCAUUUUUUCUUUACAUUUUUUUUUUGUAAUUACCAUUUUUAUUUGAUUUACUUUAGCCACUCAGAAAAUCAAGAUAAAUAAACGUGACUUCUGAGAGUUAAAUGUCUCUUCGCUAUUAUAUUGAAUUAUCUUGAUUUACCGAGUUCCAUUCACUAUUUUAACAUCUCUCAUUCAUCACGUUAUUCACCAAUAAAAAUCGAUGGCUCAGUGCAAGAGGGUUUCAUUGUUGUUAAGUCCUCAGAAAAAUGUUUCAUCCUAAUAAUAAAAAAGAAGAAGAUAUGAUGAAAGGUCUUAAAAAUUAGAACAAUAAUUUUGCAGGAAUCGAUGAACUUCCUCCUGCACCAGUCUGUCGAUAUCAGAUUCACUUGAAAUGAGCGAAACAAAUAAUGAACGAAUGAAUAUGAGAAAAAUGUGUCAGUGGAGCAUUAGGGAUGCUAUGAGGGCUCGAAAGCAAUGGCAGGCCCUUUUUUAAUUAUUUUAUUUUAGUGCAUAAAAAUAUCAGAUGCUAAAUUGUAAUAAAAAAAUGAUUUUUUUUUAUAUAUUGAUGAUGGAUAAUGAGACUAAAAGAUAUACUCAAUGUAAAUUGGUGUUUUAAUAAUACAGAAAAUUUCUCUACCA